AUGCUCUCUCGCUUCUCUCGUUUUGCUGUGAAGAAUAACAAAUUUUUAUCGGCUUCCUCCCAACAAGUCAGAUACAUCCGAUUCGAAGCAAACCCAUCAGUGAGAGCUCAACAAGCUGAUGUUGCUAUCCAAAAGUUUGGUUCUCUCAAAUAUAUGGGCAUGCCUAUCACUGUCGAUCACUACAACGAAAUUAUUUGGAAAUGUGUUGAAAAUGCUCAAUCCGAUAAGGCAAAAUAUAUGUUUGAUGAAAUGAGAGCUGAGAACAUUGUACCUGAUGUUGAAACCUUCUCUAUGCUGAUUGGAUGUUGUCUCUUUGAUACCAAUCCAUUGAGAGCUGUUAACUAUUUGGAAGAAAUGAUUCUAUUAGGAGUUGAAACACCAAAGUCUUUCUAUACUACUAUCAGUGAAGUUUUAACCAAGGCUAAACACCCACAAAGUAGCAAGAUUUUCGCAGAAUUAGCUAGCAAGCCUCAAGUCACAAAGGAAGAUGUUUUGUCUGCUAUUCGUUCUGCUAAAACUGAUAUCGGUAUCAUCGUCCACUAA